GAAACGUCGGGAUAUUCUACCAGAUAGAAGGUGAUUACCUUCUCAACACUACAGGACGCAGACUAGACAACGCAUCCUUGCUGCAAUGAAGUUGUUCUAAGCGGUUGAGCAGGUAGGAAGGUACCUUACCUCAACGCCAAGGUACCGAUUGGCGAACGGACAAGCUGCCAGGGCCUGUCCAGACGACUGGCCAGGGCACAUGACAAUCUUGGCCACCGUGCGCUGACUUAAGAGCGGCUUGAUGAAGCGGAACACCCAUUGAAAGAUGCUGGGGGCGUUGACAAAGAUGGUGCGGCCCACCAAUUGCGGGUACAUUUUCUCGGACAGUUUGCUCGUGGCGCCCAGCAUCUGCGAGAAGCGCGUAUCAUGGCCUCGAGCGAUCGAGAACCCCGUAAAGUCGAGCACAGACAACAUCUUGACAAGCGUCCGCUGCUUGCGCGAUUCUUGGUCGCACUGGACAAGGAGGUUUUCUCUGUACAGCAUGUAGUACUCGACCACGUCGUCAAACGCAACGGCGUCCAUGAGUGCUUGGGGAUUGCACAAGCCAAUGCGCACGUAAAACACGGGCUCGCCCAACGACGUGGACUUGUGCGCCGAGGCCACCUGUAGGCAAGAUGAAGCGAUUAGAGUGUCUGUAAUAAACCGUCGGGGAUAUGUACGGGUGGGAUGACACUUUCCUGGAAUUUGGUCACUUCAUGGUGCAAAGGUGGCUGCUGACCCGAUUUGAUUUUGGCCAACAUAGCGUGGCGAUCCUUGCGCCAUUGAAUCGUAAACCGACAUGGCUCUUCGGCGGCGUCCGCCGAUCCGUUGCUCAGCACAAAGCGCAACAGCCAAAUGUCGUCGUACUCGUCCGUCAAUGCAUCCCCGAGACGUUGACGAAGUGCAUCGAUCGUCACCUUGUGCUCUUGCAACAACGCGUCCAAAUCUCCUCCGCUCUUGCCAGUGUCGGCCAUGAGGAGGCUGGUUGACAAACGCG